AUUGGUGACAAAGGUGGAAGAGCCAAGCACCUUCCUGGGGGCUCGAGAAGCCACCACUGCAAAGAGAGGCUCCCGGGACGUAGUUUGCCUUGGUCCGCACCAUGCUCACAGCGGAAGAGACAAUGCUCACGGACUCCCCUGCUGCAGAUGUUUCAACUGGACAAGGAUCCGAAAAUGACGUUCCCGCCACAGUUUAAAUGGGUCUCUUUCCCGCGCGCUCCAAGCUCUUGAGAACCGGGGUUCUUAUUGGUUCCGCGCCUUCACCCUGAGCCAAUUGGCAGCGUCCAGCGGGUGACAGCGGGAGACUUCAGGCAUUGCUGGCCAGUCCAUCAGGCCCAGCGGUAACCACUCCUGGAGGGCGGGCGGUGCCAGGACACUCCAAGGUGGCGCCAAGUGUGGCCGCUGAGGUGCGUAAAUUGUCUUAGCACAAUUGCCGAUGGCCUUCCUGGAAUUCCCCCUCAGCGGCAAAGACCCUCCAGAGCUCGUUUCUCCCACACACGUGUAAACAGACCCGGAAGUUGAGAGAAGCCGGAGGCCGCCCAAGUGGGAGGAUCUGCCAGGAAGGGGGCGCGACCGAGCGGGGCGGUGGAAGCUUGUGGAACCCUCGUCAACGAGGUCGGCGUUGCGAAGGGAACGAGUCCCGCGCAGGACGGGAGGCGUUUGCAGCUCAGCUGGUUCCGGUUGGGGAAGAUGGCGGUGGCUGGGGCGGCGUACCGGGAGCUGCUAGUACAAUGGUGCACCCAGCAGUUGCGGAAAACUUUCGCCCUGGAUGUCAGCGAGGAGAUCAUACAGUAUGUUUUGUCAAUUGAGAGUGCUGAAGAGAUACGAGAAUAUGUGACAGACCUCCUUCAGGGAAAUGAGGGCAAAAAAGGUCAAUUCAUUGAAGAUCUUAUAACCAAGUGGCAAAAGAAUGGUCAAGAGUUGAUUUCUGAUUCUUUUCAGCAGUGCUGGAAAAAAGAUGAAAUUUUAGAUGGACAGAGAUCAGUGGACCAGCUAAAGCGGAGUAGGAGGAAAGGAAGAAACAAACAGGAAGUUCCUGCAUUUCCUGAACCUGACAUGACUGUAGAGGUCAAAACACCUUUAGAUUUGGCCAAGGCACAAGAAAGCAACAACUCAGUAAAGAAAAAGACAAAAUUUGUCAGUUUAUAUACAAGAGAGGGACAGGACAAACUUGCAGUCCUGCUUCCUGGUCGUCACCCAUGUGAUUGCCUGGGCCAGAAGCACAAGCUCAUCAAUAACUGCCUGGUCUGUGGGCGGAUUGUCUGUGAGCAGGAGGGUUCAGGCCCCUGCUUAUUCUGUGGCUCUUUGGUAUGUACUAAUGAAGAACAGGACAUCUUACAGCGUGACUCAAACAAAAGCCAGAAACUGUUAAAGAAACUCAUGUCAGGGGCAGAGAAUUCUGGAAAGGUGGAUGUCUCUACGAGGGACCUUCUUCCUCAUCAAGAAUCUCGGAUGAAGUCUGGUUUGGAGAAGGCUAUCAAGCAUAAAGAAAAACUGUUAGAGUUUGACAGAACUAGUAUCCGAAGGACCCAAGUCAUUGACGAUGAGUCAGACUAUUUUGCCAGUGAUUCUAACCAGUGGCUGUCCAAAGUCGAGCGGGAAACCAUGCAGAAACGAGAGGAGGAGCUGAGAGAACUCCGACAUGCCUCCCGACUUUCUAAGAAAGUCACCAUUGACUUUGCAGGGCGGAAGAUCCUAGAAGAUGAAAAUCCACUAGCAGAGUAUCACAGCAGACUAGAUGAGACAAUACAGGCCAUUGCAAGUGGAACUUUGAACCAGCCACUCAGCACGUUGGACAGAUCUGAAGCACCUUUGGGAGUUCUGGUAAAUCCCAACCUGUCCCAGGCCCCUCCCCAGUGGGUAGACAACACUGGUUCAGCUCCUCAGAAGAAGACUUCACUCUCAGCAGGACCAAGACUAGCGCUCAGCUUACAUCAACACCAGCUGCGAAUCCAGGACCAGGAAUUCCAGGAAGGCUUUGAUGGCGGCUGGUGUCUCUCUAUGCAUCAGCCCUGGGCUUCCCUGCUUGUCAGAGGGAUUAAAAGGGUGGAGGGCAGAUCCUGGUAUACUCCUCACAGAGGAAGACUUUGGAUAGCAGCCACAGGCAAAAAACCUUCCCCUCAAGAAGUCUCAGAACUCCAGGCUACCUAUCGUCUUCUUCGUGGAAAAGAUGUGCAAUUUCCAAAUGAUUAUCCUUCAGGUUGUCUUCUGGGCUGUGUAGACCUAAUUGAUUGCUUGUCUCAGAAGCAAUUUCAGGAGCAGUUCCCCGACAUCAGUCAAGAAUCCGAUUCUCCAUUUGUUUUCAUCUGCAAAAAUCCCCAGGAAAUGGUUGUUAAGUUUCCUGUUAAAGGAAACCCUAAAAUCUGGAAACUGGAUUCCAAGAUCCAUCAAGGAGCAAAGAAGGGGUUAAUGAAGCAGAAUAAAGCUGUCUGACCCAGGAAAAAAGGAGCUAUACAACAUAGUGGAGUCUUGUGUACUAAAUUGCUACCCACUGGUCCUUUGGGAUUAAAGGCUUGGCACCAGGCUUCAAUCUCUGAGAAUUUAAA